GCAUCACGGUACCAGAGCAGCAGCACCAGCCAGCCGACCCAGAACGCUCCCGGCGCUGCCCGGCAGGACCUCGAGGUCGGCGAGCUGCAGGGCGCCUCGUUCAAGGUCGAGCCGCUGCGGCGGACGGGCGAGACCCCCGCGACGAUGCGCGCGCGCCUUCUCUACCAGUCCCGCAAGCGCGGCAUCCUCGAGUCGGACCUGCUGCUCUCGACCUUUGCCGCCGCGCAGCUAGAGCACAUGACGCCCGCACAGCUGGUGCAGUACGACCUGUUUCUCGACGAGAACGACUGGGACAUUUACUACUGGGCCACACAGGACGCACCCCCAUCUUCAUCCUCGGAAAAAACACCGCCAGGCGUGCACCACGAAGGCGCUAAGGAUAGCAAUGAUGUCGUGGCCCCGCCGAACCCGCGCGCCGGCGAGUGGGCGCAGACGGUCGGCACGUUCAAGCCGGCGUACCGGCCGGUGCCGGCGCGCUGGGCCGGCAGCGAGGUGCUGGCGCUGCUGCGCGCGCACGUCAAGGCGCGGUCGGCGGCGGGCCGCGGCGGCAUGGCGUUCAUGCCCAGCUUGGAUAAGUAC